UACGUAAACAGUUUACAUUCCUAUGUCUCUAUUAUGUGGGGACAGGACCCAAACACUACAAAACCAAGCCUGCCGUGGUCGAGCGAGUCCCGUAGCUCGUUAGCUCACGGGCUAGCGAACGUAUUGAACAGUUAACUUUCCCUUAAGUGUCACUUUUGUGUGGCGCAUGGAGCAUUGGACGGAUCCAACUUCAGUUGCUUUGCACCACCGUGUUUUAAAAAAACAUAACAAAAGCAUAGCUAACCAGAAGCUGAUCCAAAUAACAUCCCAACAACUAUGUAUAACAAAAUGUAAUCUUGCAGAUUAAUUCAUGGUCACGGAAUUGAUCAAAUCGGAGCAUUUAAAAAAAUGGCCUAUGAAGAGUGAGCCACCAAAAUCAAAUGCUUGGUUACCCCCAACACACACACACACACGCACGCACACACACGCACACCAACAACAACAAAAACACUUAUUAAACUCCAAACAGUCCAAAAGGCUCAGUCCAUAUCCUCCGUGAAUAGCGCUGGUUCGCUGUACUUUAUAUUUACUGUGAAUUUCAAAUUGUACAUCAGUGGCAUCUGACUACCAUUGUUUUACUACAUCCUUUGUACCCUUUCACAACUAACACAAAGUACCUUCAGAUACACUAAUAAAAUCAAAGUGUGAGGUAGUUUUGUUUUUGAAACAUGGACCGCUGGUAUUUGGUCCGUGUGUGUGGUUAAUUACCUUUCCCAGCUGAAAUAUUUUCUAUCAGAAGAGACUUUAUUUUCCCGUGCAUGUGCUUUGGAUGAAUGUAUAACGAUGAUAUGUGAUGACUGUUCCUUAAUGAGUCAUCCCUGCAGAGCAUAGGUGUCCUUAUUACUUCUAAUGUUACAGCUUGUCUGCUGCUGUCAUGCCAAAACAUGUCGUACGAACAGAGCUCACGUUGUAUUGUUAGUACUGGAUUGUUGUUUCUGAUCCAGCUGUCCUCUCUCAUACAUCAGAGAUAAGGGAAGGACUGCAAACUUGUGGAGAGUGGGAGCCGCUGAAGAGGUGUGAGUUCCUGAAUGCACCAUGGAGGAGGGAAGCUGUUUCGGUUCAUUAUAGGGAGCACCAGAAGUGAAACUCUGCUCCGAGAAUUAAAGAAAUACAGGCUAAGCCGGGAAAAUAUUUUCUGAUCUGAUACACUUUGGGAAUCGAAACAACUUAUUUCCACAAAAGGAACAACCCAACAACUGUAAAGUAGUUGAAAAAGUUUGAUUCCAAGAGUGCAACCAUGUGCCAUGUGAUCGUAACUUGCCGCUCCAUGCUCUGGACGCUGCUCAGUAUCCUCGUGGCCUUCGACGAGCUCAUCGCCUUCAUGAGCCCCGACUGGCUGCUGGGAUUCCCCCGCAACGAUUCCAGCGUGAGCCGGGACGGGGUGGAAUCCAGGGAGUACCGGCCCUCUCUGGGCCUCUACAGCCGCUGCCUCCGCCUCGGCACCCGGGGAGGAGGCGUGAGUUGCGGGCCUUACGCCGGGAGCUUCGCCGAGGUGACCAGCGGCUUCUGGCAGGCGGCCAUGUUGUUUUUGGCUGCGGGGAUAUUGGUGCUCGCAGUGGUGGCCUGCGUCUCGAUCUUCAGCAUGUGCUUCCAGAGCAUCCUGAGGAAAAGUAUCUUCAACAUUUGCGGUCUGAUGCAGGCCAUUGCAGGCCUCCUGCUCUUGGUGGGCCUCAUCCUCUACCCUGCCGGUUGGGGUUCCGAGAAGGUGAUCAGCUACUGCGGGGCGGAGGCCUCCCCCUUCAGGCCGGCCCUGUGUUCCCUCGGCUGGGCGUUCUACGCGGCCAUCGGGGGAACCCUGGCGACCUUCCUGUGCGCCGUUUUGUCCGCGCAGGCCGAGAUCGCCACUUCCAGCGACAAGGUGCAGGAGGAGAUAGACGAGGGCAAGAGUCUCAUCUGCGUGCUGUGAUGCCAGACACUCGUCCUGAAUGAAAGGUGCAUGGACUUUUGUUGAGAUGAAAAGCCGGAGGUUUUGUAAUUUUUGUACAGCUGUUUUGCAACCUUACUAAGGCCUGGUUAAUUCUAGAAAAAUAUUUUGCGCAUUUGCUGGCAAAGUGCAGACCACUGAAUCAGACUAGGUACAUCUGCGCAAUCUAAUAGUAUAAGAGCUCUUUCAAAAAAACAAAACAAAAAAACAAACGCAGAUUAAAGGAAAACUAUGAAUAUCAGCACGCCCAAUGUGAACACAAAGCUAAACUGUGAAGUGUGUAUGCGACUGAUGUUAAGUUUUGAGUUACACUGUAAAAGUGGGUUUAAUUGAACAAUAUUAUUCUUGUUGCGUUUACAGUGGAACAUAAUAAAAGGUAGUUUAUAAAGGGCUCUUGUAUUGAAUUUUAAUUGGAUUACAGUACACUAUGCAAGUGUACCUAUUGUGGCCAGUGAGUGAACAGAUUGAGCAAUAAAUCCAUAUCACCUGCAAUGUUAAACAUACCACUGAACACCACACCAUAUGCUUACAGUAGAAUAUAUUACAUCAUUGUAGAAGUCUCUUUCAAGCUAAUAAUGAGAAGUCCCAUUAAUGUGGUCCUCUUUUGUUAGAUGUUUGUACAGAUAGUUCUAUUGCAGAAGUUAAUUUCCUUGAUGUUUGCUCAUAGUGUUAUAGUUCAUGCUGUACCCUAGAUUGUCAUGAUAAGAGCAAUAUUUGCCCACUGCUGUGAUGUAAUGCCACUGUGAUUGCUCUUAUUCAUCGCAGAAGGCAAGGUGUGUGCAAUGAUUUUCUGUGAAAGGGAGCGGAUGAGUGGGAAACCGUAACACAAUGAGUCAAUGUGAUGUGAUGUUUUUUUUUGUUUGUUACAUUAACAUGAUUAGUAUUGUUUUUUUGUGAAUAAAUGAAUUGCUGACGUUAGUGUGGAGACAUACAGUUUGAAUAAAAGUGUU